AGAGACGAAUCAAAACAAAUUUCGCCGAUCAUUGCCGUAUAAAAAUCAUCUUUUCAUCAAUAAAUUUUUUAAGAACUCACCAAAAAAUGACAGAAAAUCCCGCUUUUGACGUCAUAAAAGAAGUCACAAUUGGAGGUCUCCCAACAGACAUCGUCUGCCACAAAUUCUCGAACAAAACCCUUCUAAUAAUAACUCAAUACUCCAAAAUUGCCAAUGUCGUCACUGUCGAGAACCAAGUUUUCAAUGGCGCCGCCACGAACAAACAAAAAGUCUUCGAAAUCCAACCAAAAAUGGGCAAUGUCACGGACGAAACGGAAGGCGCAAUUCGUUACCUCAUGAACUACAUAAAUUGCAACCAUUUGGUUGUGAGUCUGGCUCUAAAGAAAAUCAACAAAGAUAUCCUCAUUGAGUUACGGAACGAGUUGGGAAAAAUUGACUGUCUAAAAUAAAUAACGAGAAAUUUAAAAUUUAUGACAAAUUACUUGAAUGAAUGAAAAUUCCUUAGCUUGAACUUCGUUUGACCGUGAAUUUGUUGGAUUUUUGAUCAAAUACGCAGAUACCUGCCUAACGUCAUUAAAGAAGCAAUAA